AAUCGAAUCUUCAACCGUCAUUUUGUAAGGUUGUUUAUGUUUGUCCUGGACCUUUAAAUUUAUUGAAUUUAUUGUAUAUUAUUUAUAUUUAAUAUUUUAAACACGUUUGUUAUAAUAACAUGGCUCAGCCUUCAAUUGCAUGUUUCUUUAACGCAAGAAAGCGAACAGCAGUGGAAGAUAUCAAGAUAAAUCGUACAAAAAAAGUGUUGGUGUUGGAGAAUGAGUCUGGGUGUGACGUUGUAUCUUAUUCUGAGGAUAAAAUUAGUGCAGAUUGUGAUGUAAAAGAUGUCUCAAAAAGUACAAAAUCAGUGGAACUUCAAGAAAAAGAAAAAGGUUUGAUAUUAAACAAAAUUGCCAGCAAUGGAAUUGUUCAACCAAGGCCACAUAAAAAACUUUUUGCUACAAGAAAUAAAACUAUAAAAACCAAAUCUAAUAGUCAGGAUAUACAGACUUUAAUAAAUAGUAUGAAAACUGAGUCGAUUAAAAAAACUGAAAUUAAAUUAACAGAGCUUCACAUCCAACAAGAUGUUGUACAUAGAACACCCCCAUCCACUCCUACAAAAACUACAAAUGCCCUGGAUAAAGUUAAGGAGAAACCCGAGGGGCCAUCCCUCAAGGAAAUUAAACGAAAAAUGACACGGAGCGCUCGCUUAGCAGAUUUAAAAGCAUCUAUAAGCAGAUUCCAGGAUAAUGCAGCUAAGUUAAAAGAAAUCGAGAAGAAGACUGAUUCUAUUCCAGAGUCACCUAAAUUGAAAAGCUUUAAGACAAUUGAGCUAGAGAUUCACACUAGUCCACAGAAGGUAUUUUCUCCAGAAAAACAAUACUUAAGCCCUAAAAAAGAUUUGGGUGCCCGUCGUAACUUAUUCAAUCUUCUGAGUCCUACAAAGAAUGCUGUACCUAUAGCAGUGGAUAGCGCCGCCAGGCAGGUCUUAGAAGAUACAUCUAAACCAGCACUUAAAUUGCCUUACAAAUACAGAUAUUUAGCUGAGAUGUUCCGGUCUGUAGAUGUUGUCUGUCAGAUUAUGUUUAAUAGAAAAGAGACUAUUACUUUUAGAAAAUUGAAACCUGCAGUUGAAGAAAUGUUGAAGAGGAAUUUAUUGGAGAAGCAUUUAGCUCAAAUUAAACAGAUCUAUCCUGACGCUUUUCGAUUUACCCAGGAAAAGUUAAAGCUAUUUGGUACCGGAAUGAAAACUGAACAGUGGGAAUUCGUGGUAACACCAAAUAUUGGAGACCAUGACCACAUGACGUCUGAAAUCCUUUUAGAAAGAAGACGCAAGUUGUUCAAUAUCCUUCUCACCAAAGUUAAACACUAUCAUCAAGAAUUCUUACAGUCAUUAAUACCUCCUAUGUCUAUAAACAAAGACAGAAUCACCAGAUGGCAUCCCGAAUUUGAUAUCGAAAGAGUACCUGAUAUAGAGUGUAGCGAGAUACCAAAACCACCCAUGGAGGAAGCAUUUACGACAGCAAAAGAUGUUCUGGAAAAGGCCAGACAGAUGUUAAACUGCAAUUCGAGAAUGGAUCAAGCUCUUCAACGUUUAAAGGAAAUGAAAGAUGCAGAAACAAGUACUAAUGUACCACAAAAAGAAGAAGGCCCACCUUCAUCAGUUUUAAAAGGAAUACCAAAAGCCCUGCUGGAAAAAGUAAGGCAAAAGCAAGCUGCCAAAGCCUUACUGUCAAUGACGCGAUCAGAAGAUAAAGAAAAAGAACUUAAGGUUUACUCGAGACUCCCCGAACUGGCACGUUUAACAAGAAAUGUAUUUGUAUCUGAAAAGAAGAACGUACUACAACUAGACAUCCUCAUCGAUAAGUUAGGAAAUUGUUACAGAUCACAUUUAACCAAACUAGAAAUGGAAGAACACUUAAGGAUUCUUUCAAAAGAAUUUCCCACGUGGUUGGUCUUCCAUGUUGUAAGGAAUUGCGUGUAUGUGAAGAUAGCCAAAAGUGAUGAUUUAAGUUUGAUAAUUCAUAAGCUGGAGGGUUUAGUUAAACAAAAAAGUGAACUUUAACAUUUUAUAUUACAAUAUUUCUUUGCAGUUUUGACUGAUACUUUAGUUUAUUAUUUAACUAUCUAUACAUUAGGAUUAAGUAAAACCGUACAAAUUA